AAAUAUCUUUAACUUUUAAUCAAAAGUCUCCCUUCUUUUCCAGAGAACCCUUCCUCUCUCGUUCACUUUUCGUUCUUCCUCAUAGAUUAGGGUUUGAUUCUUUUGCUCUUUUUUCUUUGCAAAUCCUAGUGCUAUAGCUCGAGUCUUGGCAUACUUGAAGGCUUAUAUUGGUUCCUGAUAACUAACACCUAACUUAGUGGAAUUUCUCUUUCAAUUUAGGUAUACACAUUCAUUAUGUUACUGUGAAGUUGCUUAUUUAAUUCAUUGAAUAAAGUUAUAUAUGUGCUAAAAACCAAAUCCAGGGCGAAAAUGGAGGCAAAUCUUAAUAGAAGGUCCAUGAGGAGGAGAAAGAUGGCUCGUUUCCGUCGACCUCAGACCAACUUCAGAGAAGAAAUUCCUGAUCCAAACAAUAAUAUUGAUGGUAACCUGCAGAGGAACGAUGUUGUGGGACUUUCUUUGCCUUUCCGCUUAACUAACCCAGAGGUUUUUGACUGCCCCAUUUGCUUUGAGCCCUUGACACCUCCUGUUUUUCAGUGUGAAAAUGGUCAUAUUUCUUGCUCUUCUUGCUCCACCAAACUUACGAAUAGAUGUGCUUCCUGCUUUUGUAAUAUUGCUUACCGUAACAGGGCGGUUGAGAAGAUCUUAGAAUCAGUCAUUAUCUCAUGCCAAAAUGCAAUUUAUGGGUGUCGAUCAACAAUGACUUACCAAACCAAACAUGAACAUGAGAAGACAUGUAUGUAUUUGCCAUGUUCGUGCCCCCUUUCGGAUUGCAUUUUUGUUGGUUCAUCUAGCCAGUUAUACAAACACUACCGCGAUAACCAUGAGGAUUCAGCAGUAAAAUUCCAAUACAAUCACAACAUGCAGGUAACCUUAAAAGCAGAUGAGAAGUUCCUUGUUCUUCAAGAAGAGGAAGAUGGUGUCCUCUUUAUUCUCUACAACAAAACUGAACGGCUUGGCAAUGUUAUAUUAGUCAGUUGUAUAGGAACUGGAUCACAGACAUGGAACUAUGAUAUUUUGUCAAGAAUGGGAACUUCUGCCACCACCCUUAACUUCCAGUCGACUUGUUUGUGCGCUAAAGAUCUGCUUGAUGACCCUCUUUCAGUAUUUGGGUUGGAUACAGUAGGGUUCCUUGUAGUUCCAUCUAAUUUCAUUGGUUCUUGCGGGAAGCUGGAGUUGGUUGUGUGCAUUUGGAGGCCUGAUGCAACUGCUGAAUUACUAAAGGAAUCAGCUGGAAGUAGAAGGGUGCAAGAUGAAGGCUGGUCAUCGAUCCGACUUUGAAUGUCCUUUGUGCAAGACUGAAAUGUAAUGAUACUUCCCUCAGAUUUUGCCACAAUAUUAUAACUAAACCCCCCCUUUGCUGAGGGCGCAAUACAGCAAAUAGAAACUGCAUUCGCCACAGCAUCAAUUUUGUUGUUCAGAAGCAUAAAUAAGACACCAUCCUUCUCUUCUUGAAGUAUAAGGAAAGUGUCAUCAUAAUUUAAGGUGACUUGGAAGACUUUGUUGUGUUGAAAUUGUGCCCGUGAAUUCAAAUGUUCAUCCCUGAAGUGUUUGUAUAACUGGGUACAAGAACCAACAAAAUUGCAGUCUGACAUAGGGCAUGAGCAUGGUGCGUAGUGGCAUGUCUUUGUAUGAACAAGUUCCUUGCUAAUACUCACUGUUUCUUUGCACCCGUA